AUGCACAUAAUACCACUUGGAGCAGGCCAAGACGUUGGGAAAUCGUGCAUUUUGGUCUCAAUUCAGGACAAAACGAUCAUGUUCGACUGUGGAAUGCACAUGGGAUACCACGAUAGACGCAAAUUUCCUGAUUUCAGCUACUUCGAGCAAUUCAACAACUUCAAUGCCGUUGUUGAUGUCGUCAUCAUCUCCCAUUUCCAUAUCGACCACUGUGGCGCACUUCCCUACUUCACAGAGGUUCUUGGCUUCGACGGGCCCAUUUUCAUGACGCAUCCAACAAAGGCAGCACUUCCAAUAAUUCUGGAAGACUCAAGAAAGCUGCUUGAAAUGAAGAAUAGUGGUGACAAACUGCUCUUUACCACUGAACAAAUCAACACGUGUCUCAAAAAGGUCAUCACAGUCAACAUGAAUGAGACGUACGAAAUAGAGGACAAUUUCAUUCUACGACCGUAUUACGCUGGUCACGUCAUUGGUGCAGCCAUGUUCUACGUAGAAUACAAGGGAGAAAGUGUCGUAUACACAGGUGAUUUCAGCACACUUGCAGACAGACACCUUAGAUCAGCCACAAUUGAUCGACUCUCACCCGAUUUAUUGAUCACCGAAAGCACGUAUGGAGGAGUAUUAAGGGAGUGUAAGAAGGCUAAGGAGAGAAGAAUGCUGCAAAUAAUCCAGGAUACGAUUGACGAAGGUGGAAAAGUGCUGAUUCCGAUAUUCGCCCUAGGAAGAGCCCAGGAAAUCUGUCUUCUAAUUGAAAAUUAUUGGGAGAGAAUGGGUCUAAAGGUGCCAAUCUACUUCUCAAUGGGAAUCACAAGCAAAGUCAACGACGUCUACUCGCGAUAUUCGAACUACACGAACCAGACGGUGCAAGAGAAGCUGGAAAAGAGAAACGUAUUCGACUUCAACUUCAUCAAACCAUUUUACAGGGCUGUUCUUGAGUCAGACGAGCCAAUGGUGAUCUUUGCUACGCCAGCGAUGCUCCAUUCUGGUAGUUCUCUUGCCAUUUUCAGGUCACUUUGUGGUGAUAAAAGGAAUUCAGUGAUUUUGCCUGGUUUCUGUAGCAGGGGAACUGUGGGAGAGAAAAUCAUGAACGGUCUCAGGCGAAUUGAAGUUGGUAGAAAUGUCUUGGAUGUGAAUUUAAAUGUCCAUAACGUGGCAUUCAGUGCACAUGCUGACAUGGCUGGCAUUCUGAAGAUCGUAGAGCAGUGUAGACCAAAGAAUAUUGUUCUAGUUCACGGUGACAAGAGCAGAAUGCAAUCAUUGAAGAAUAAGAUCGACGAGGAGUUGGGAAUACCCGUCUAUCAUCCUGCAAAUGGAGUGAUGAUUGAGAUACCAAGGCAGAGGAACGUGGCUGUGCGAGUGAAGAGGGAGCUGAUUGAGAAACACGUCAUUUUAGAUCAAAAUGAGCAAGAAAUUGAUCUAUGUCUGGAAGUGGAAAAAGAGGGAGAGAAAGUUGUAGUGAAGAGCAUUCAAAGUAACAGAAUGUAG